AUGGCCGACCUCAGAUCCAUGAGGAAAUAUGAGGUCUUCCUCGUCCUGAAGAAGGACUUGGCUAUGGCUAUCCAAGUAGCUUUUAGGGCCGAGGAGAUGGUGAGUAGUUCUCACCAUAUGUACAAGAAAGAGGAGGGGAGGCAAAUUGCAACUAUGAAGGCCUUCCAGGUGGUUGAGAAAAGCAAUCAAGAUCUGAAGGCUAAGCUGAUCGAGGAAAAAAAGGAAAGAAAAAGCACUGCAGCCGCCUUGGAUAACAUUGAGAGGCAAGCCGAAGGCCAGCGGAUAGUCGCCCUAAACAAGAGAUUAGAGGAGUUCAAGAAGGCCAAAGAUCAAGCCGAGAAGGCCAAGGAGGAGGCAGAGAAAGCUCGAGAAGAGGUGAAGCAAGAAGGAUAUGAUAUUGGAGUGGCCGAGACCAAGAAAGCCCUCAAGGCUGAGGUCUCAAGGACAAACACCCCUCCCGAGGUGGCAGAUCUUGAGAAGAGCAGCCCCAGCAAGGCUUCCCCCCCUCCUGGCAGCCCUCCAAAAGUAGCCAAGCAACCUGGGGUAGAUGGGAAAGUGACUGAGGUGUCAAAAAGGCUGGCCUCUGAUGCCACCAAUCCUUCGGCUGUUACCCAGGAUCUAAAUAAAGACAAGGAGGCACCUAGGAUGGAGCUUGUUCUCGCAACUCUUCCGCUACGUGCCAAAGGUGACCCUAAAGGCACAGGUCAAGGAUCCUUAGAGGCUACUACCCCACAGUCCUAG